AUGAAUUGUGAGCUACUGGAAAGAAGGUUCAACGAGAGCGUUCCAUUGUUGACGCAAAGGGAGGGCCAUGCAAAAAUAAAUGAUGGACCUGUUUGUGAGAUUAAAUCUCCUUGCGAAAAUGGUGCGAAGUGCAAAGAUACAUGUGAUGAAAAGGGGUACAAGUGCAUAUGCGCCCCACUUUAUUACGGAACACAUUGUGACAAGUUGAAACAAGAUUGUGGAGAUGUGAAAAAGUCUGGAGAAACAGUAAGCGGAGUCUACGAAAUUAAACCGGAUCACAAUUGGAAAGCCAACGUCUUUUGUGACUUUGUAUAUGUCAGUCAAGAUUGGAUCGUCUUUCAAAGAAGAAUAGAUGCCAGUGUCGACUUUUAUCGAAACUGGGCGUCAUACAAAAAUGGAUUUGGGGAUACGAGUGGAAAUUUUUGGAUUGGACUUGAUACAUUGCACAGACUGGCUGCUCCAGGGAGAGGGGCUAUUCUACGGAUCGACAUGAAACACCGCAACAGUCCAACAACUCAGUAUUAUGCAGAGUAUUCUUCAUUUGAAGUUGGUGACGAAGCAUCUGGUUACAAACUGCUUUCACAUGGAUACUCAGGUAAUGCCGGUGAUUCCAUUGCGUUUCAUGAUGGCAUGAAAUUCACAACAUACGAUCAAGACAACGAUAAAUAUAGUGGGAAUUGUGCCAACACCUAUAAAGGAGGCUGGUGGUACAAAGCAUGUCAUGAGGCAAAUUUAAAUGGACUCUUCCCAACAACAAGCACAACAAGUCCAACAUACAUGGGUUGGCAUGGAAUUUAUGGAAGUCAUGGCAACAUAAUAUUUUCAGAAAUGAAGCUGAAAUAUCACAGGUUAAAGCAAGGAGAUCGUUAAAAUACAUUUGAUUUCUUGUUCCUCUCAAAUGAAGUUUCAUAGGAUAGACUGCGUAUGAUAAUAAACGAGCAAUUAAAGAAGUAUAUGAUAGAGCUUACAGCCUGUAUGAAGGCAAUCUAUAUGACAUGAAUCUUGUCAAAUACAAAUUUAAAGGAUGAAACUUUGUUUACAAAUCAUCUGGUAGUUGAUCGAGUCAAAUAUAUUUGAAAAUAUGGAUUUUCCUUAAUCAUGAUAAUAGAAACAACCAUACUAUUUUUAUUUUGUUUACCUGUUAUCUUUUUCUAAAAUAUUUCUACAUUUCUGGAUUGAAUAUUUUCCGUCCUCUUGUUGCAGGGGAUCUCGAUAAGACAAAGGAAUCUAAAAAUUUGGAGGAUUAUCUAGACUUCAUUUGGUGAUCUUUUCGAUGCUGAAAAGGUUGAUUAAGAGAGACUUUAGUUAACGAACAUUGCUUUUAAAGUGAUCUUGCACCUUCCAGAGUGAUGUCAUUGUUGCUGUUUUAAUGUUUGUUGCCAAAGCCAAAGAAUUAUAUUGCUGGAAAUGCUGGUCGAUAGCAAAAUCGCAUGUUUUACUUUUUGUUUUAGAGGUAGAUUUAGAUGUAGUUUUAGUUGUAGCAGAUCUAAAACUGCAACUAAAAAAUGCGAUCCUGCUAUCAGGCAGCAUUUACUGCAAAUCCCAGAGUGCGCAAAAAAACUAUAAUGUUACAUAUUUCGGAAUUUUAUAAAGCCCGAUCGUCGUUCCAUUUAGCAGUUGUGGAAUCUAUCUGAAGAUGAACAAAAAAAUUGCUAUUGUGUAGACAGAAGGGGUUCGUUUUAAUCUUAGGACUCCAUUUGUAACAGACUCAAUAGGCAAGCGGUACUGAUUGGGCAACCACAACAAUCAUGUGCUCGCGUUUCUGAUUGGCCUAAUUCGAUCAACGAGUGGGUAUAAUAAAUAGGAAAAGACUUUCAUCAGUUGAAGAAUUGUGUCAAUUGGCUUUUAUUGAGACGAACAUAGUGCGAAAGCCAUUUCUUGAAUUUUCAUGUCGACUGGUAACGUCCUUUUAAGUAAUGUAUCGGCUAUAGACAAACAAAAAACGUGAAUAGUCUAGACAGGCAACAUUCAAAAUUAUACUUUAGUUCACGAAUACGUUGUGACAACUGCUACGAAGGAAAUCUACCACUCUCUUUUGCUUUUACUUGGCUGUUUCCAAGUGUGGCCCAUAUUUACAAGCAUUUUUCUCCUGCAAAAUUCUAUACAGUCCACAAGCAUUGGUUUUAAGUGAUAAUACAUCGUUUUAUUUUUCAAUAAUUAUAAAUUAGACUCUAAGAUGGCUUUGAAAAAACAAACAUUGCCACUUUAAAGUUUUGUACCACGAAAAAAUUGUUUAAUUUAAACUCUAUCAGCAGGUAAAAAUCAACAUUUUAAAGCCUAUCAAUUAUGGCGUAUUAAAGCCAAUUCAGGCCUGUUGUCUUUAUGCAAUUUCCCUAUCAUAGGGCCUAUUCGAGCUGCAUGAAAAGUCGAUGCUGCCAUUCCCUAUUCUGAAUUGGGGACAAUUUCUUCGAAGCUGAUAACUACACAAGAAAAUUGGGAACCUGAUUUGGAUACUUCUUCUGCGCAAAGCUUUAUGAGUUUUACUCAUUUCUGAAAAGUUUUUUAUCCCACAGCAAUGUCCAUGUGUCUUUGUAUUGAUUCUCAGCAUAUUCAUUCCUUCCCUUUUGACUUUCAUUUUUUGAACAUGAUAAUUACAUUUCAUUAUAACUCACUUGUUGAAUUGUCAGCAAUUCACAAUUCAAUUAGCAAAGACAAACGACAACUUCUUACACUGUAUUUAUCAUAUCGCAUGUCAGGUUUUAACAAAACAUUUAUUAUAUAGGUAUUAACGUAAAGGGUUUAUUUGUCUCCUUUGAGGAUACCUACCAUUUUACCUCCAGCAGUUGCUAAUAUUAAUAAGAUGAAAAUGAGAUGAAAAUAAUUCUACUUAUAAAAUUUUAAAGAACAUUUAGAAAGUAGAAAAA